CGGCAACGAGACUCGAACGACGAUCCCGCAUGGGCCGCCAAAAGCUUGGAAAUCCGUCGCCGCGACGGUAGUUCACGCGGACGUCGUUUGCAUCCGUGUGCCGUCGUCGUUACUGUCGUCGUUGUUUUCGUUACCGUACGCGAGUUUGCAGUGUUCCGAAAAAGAUAAUUAACAAUAAUAACAUAAUAAAAUAUAUGUGUUUAUAUAAUAUUAUUCGUCGUAGAAGAUUCUAGGACCGUCGUCAACGUAAUAUAGGUGGAAAAUGCAAUCAGAAUCAAGUUCACUUCAUACUCUUACAACAAAACAAACCAAAAACAAAGAGCUAUGGCUGAGAGCGAUACAUCGGAUUCACAGCCAGAAAAGGCGAAAUCAACAUGUCGAUUUACAAAAGACAAAUUCUGUUUCAAACAUGACAGUGGAUACGUUUGACGGCACAGACUACAACACCAACAAUACAUCACAAAUUCCAAUCGAGUACACGGAGCCUGUGUUCAAAAAAGGCAGAGUUUACAAAGGCAUUUAUUGUCCAACGCUCACCAACAGUUUUCGAGAACCCAGUCUCGAGCUAUCGUAUCAGAGAUACUCGCACAGACAACGACAGAAGUCCUUAAUCAUCGUUAAUUUCGUCGACAUGACACUUAAAGCAGUCUUAGCCGGUGUGUGGCUGUUGCCGACCUAUCACGAGCCGUACCACAGUCAAAGGGCCAUAUGGACGUGUCUGACGAUGUUUGCCAAUCUCACCGUGUGUCUGCUCGGCUGGUGGAAAUGCUUCGCCAAUAACUAUCUCCAGUGGGCAGCCGUUUUCACUUGGUGUUUCAUUAAUAUACAAGGUUUCGUAUGGGAGAGUUAUGGACAAGGAUCUAGAGAAUACCUGGUGUGGUACGUGCUGUUCAUCGUCUUCGUUACUUAUGCCAUGCUACCGCUUCCGUUGAGGUGGUGCAUACUAGCCGGUUGUUCGACCGCACUCUUACACAUACUCAUCACCAGUUACACGAAAUCAUCAAAAGAAAAAAAUAGACUGUGCGUCGUUCGCCAGCUAACCGCAAUGAGUUUGUUGUACGCUGCCGUCAACUUUGCCGGGAUGUACACAAAGUACCUAACGGACCGAAGUCAGCGAAAGGCGUUUUUAGAAACGCAUAGGUCCACCGAAGCCCGAUUCAAGACCCAAAAGGAAAACGAACAACAAGAAAAACUUUUACUCUCGGUUUUGCCGGAUUUCGUGGCUAGGGAAAUAAUUAAAGACAUCGCUUCUGAAACGGACAAAGGACCUUUUAUGCCAAAUCAAUUUCACCGAAUUUACAUUCAUCGCUACGAAGACGUCAGUAUUCUGUUUGCCGACAUUAAAGGUUUUACAGAGUGGGCGAGUCGUACUUGUGCUCAAGAAUUAGUCAGAGUACUGAACGAUCUAUUCGCUAAUUUCGAUAAACUAGCUGCGGAAAAUCACUGCCUUCGUAUCAAGCUUUUGGGCGAUUGCUAUUAUUGUGUCUCAGGUCUUCCUCAAACUAGACAAGAUCACGCCGUUUGUUGUGUAGAAAUGGGUUUGCAUAUGAUAAACGCGAUUAAGGAAGUGCGAAAUAAAUUGAACGUCGAUCUAAAUAUGCGCAUCGGAAUACAUUCAGGGUCAGUUCUUUGUGGCGUCUUAGGACUCAGAAAAUGGCAGUUUGACGUGUGGUCUUACGACGUGACAUUAGCCAAUCACUUGGAGUCAGGCGGAAUACCCGGACGUGUUCACAUAUCCAAGGCUACUCUAGAUUGCUUAGAAGAAGCCUACGACACAGAACCCGGUCAUGGGGAAAAUCGCGAUGCUUAUUUAAGGGAUCACGGGAUUGAAACGUUCUUGAUUAAAGAACAAGAACCUUGCCGAGGUCACCGAAAGCUACAGAAAAUUAAUUCUUCGAGACCGCGUUUAUGGUCGGACGAGAAAUUGUGUUUCAACUCCAAUACGCAGAAACUAGUAUCGCCAAAAAUUGAAGAUUACAUCGAUGACAAUAAAUGCAAUGAAUGGACUCCGGAAAUACCAUUUGAAAACUUAAAUACAAGUGAUCAAGAACUGGAAAUCGAAGACGGUGAAUGUGGUACUCCUAUCACGAUCGAAGGAGACGUCGAACACGCCGAAGACAUAAUGGAUCAUUGUAUCGAAGUCGAGAGUAAUGAAAGAAUGAGAAACGAAAACAUAGAUCGAUGGACAUUAAGGUUCAAACAACCAGAAAUUGAAACUAAAUUUUGUCAGUUACGCGAAGACAUGUUUAAAUCAAACAUGGCGUGUUGUUUUAUCAUAUGGCUGUUAGUCGUAUGUUGUCAAACGAUCAUGUUGCCCCGAUGCAUGAAACUAUUGGUUGCCUUGGCAUUCACCACCGUUGUGCUUUGCGCUGCACUGACACUUGUCAUGGCAGAAGAGUUCAUGCACUUGCCGUCUGCUUUGCAGAGGAUGUCCUCAGUAUUGGUUCAAAACCGGUUCAGGCGGACAAUGUUCAUUUGCGCUGUAGUCGGACUUAUAUGUUUUUCCUCCACUCUUAGUCUCCUAUUUACGCCCGACGAGCACCUGAUUAGGAAGGUGGACAACUCGGACGGAGACGACGGCCGAAGGACAAAACGGCGGACAGAAGAAACCAACGACUGUGUGCACCCAGAGUAUUUAGUGUUCACGUGGGUCCUUUGCCUUAUAGCCUUAGCCACCACGCUCAAGCUAUACUUCCUGGUCAAGACUUUCUUGGCAUCCAUCAUGGUGGCCGUGUACACAGGACUCACAUCGCUAGCCUACCCACAGGUAUUCUCACAAACCGACACUGAACACCGCACCAUGCCGCUGUCGUCGCAGAUGCUGUUGCUGUUGAUCGUGUUCCUGGUACUGGUGGCCUAUCACGCCCGGCUAGUAGAGGUCACUUCCCGGCUAGACUUUCUAUGGAAACGGGAAGCCGAACGGGAACUUACCGAAAUGCGAGAGACCCGAACCAACAAUCGACAACUAUUGCGCAAUAUACUGCCCGAUCACGUCGCCCACCAUUUCCUGUCGUCCUCACGCAGGCACACUACGGACGAACUGUACUCGCAGUCCAUCGACAAGGUUGGCGUCAUGUUUGCAAGCAUUCCAAAUUUCACAGAAUUUUAUUCUGAAGACAUAAACAAAGGCAUGGAGUGCAUCAGAUUGCUGAACGAAAUAAUCGCUGACUUCGACGAAUUGUUAUCAGAACCAAAAUUUGGUUCGAUUGAGAAAAUCAAAACCGUCGGUGCAAGCUAUAUGGCCGCGUCCGGGUUAAAUCCCGGUGUUAAGGACGGAGAAGACGAAUACGGUCACCUUUGCGCUCUUGUCGACUUCGCAUUAGCUAUGAAACAAUGUUUACAAGAUGUCAAUGUGCACUCGUUUAAUAAUUUUCAGCUCAGGGUUGGAAUAAGCUGCGGUGCCCUAGUGGGCGGAGUCAUCGGAGCGCGGAAACCUGUGUACGACAUAUGGGGAAACACCGUGAACGAGGCUUCCAGGAUGGAUUCCACGGGCACUAUGGGCCGGAUACAAGUGCCCGAGAGCACGGCCAAAAUCCUGAUGGACAGGGGUUACGAGACGGAGUUCCGGGGCUCGAUCGCGGUCAAGGGCAAAGGCGAAAUGAAAACGUACUUCGUAGUGGGCAAAAAGGGAGCCGUGGCGAACAACCUGAGCCGACAGUCGAGUCAGAUCAGCAGUUUGGCGACCGUCGUCUACGGGAUGGUGCAAGCUAGACGCCGGCAAAACACAGUAAAAAAAAGACAUUUUCAUCAUGUUGCAGGCAACAACAACCUGACGCGCACCAAGUCGCAGUACCACCGCACGCAACCCGGCCGGUUGGUGAACUUUAGCAGUUUUCGCGUGUCCAACCGGCACCAGCAACAACAACAACAACAACAACAAUCACAGCAGCAACAACAACAACAGCACCAGCAACAGCGACAGCAGCGACAACAGCAACAGACGUGCCGCGACGGCGUCGACGACGGCGGACCGAGCCCGGUGGCCAGGGCCGUCGCGGCGGGCGGCAGCCGUCUGUUGUCGGCGUCGGCUUUCGGCGGCGCGCUGCAGCAACGCCAACGCGACAACGGGACGGCCGCGACGGCGGUGGUGGUCGCCCGGGUGGACUCGCGUAGUAAGAACCACAGGCCGGUCACCGCCGCCACGUCGCUCAGGUACUGCAAGUCGGUGUCGCCCAUCGCCGAGAAACCGCCGGCGCGCCGCAGCCCGCCCAGGUCGGCGUCCAUGAACCUCCAGGCCCGCAGCUUCGCGGCGACGGCCGUCGACUCGUUCCCGAGGUGAUGGUGAUGAGUGAUGACCGGUGCGGGUAGACGCAGCGCGGCGGCGGUCGAGUGCAGCGUUCUAUUGUAGCGGAACAGAGUCCGUAUUAUUAUUAUUAUUAUUACUAUUAUUACUAUUAUACGAAUAUUGUUUUAAACGGAAAACGAACGUUCGAUGGGGUACGAUCGAAAGGUUUGCUUAAGUACCAUCUGUUCUCUAUAUAUAUUGAUUUGUCGAUAAUUAUAUUAUGUGUAUUUAUAUUAUAUACCUCUAAAAUCACAUUAAGUAUAUUAUUAUGUAUAAGAAAAAUUGUGCGUGAUGUAUAUAUUAUGAUAAUAAAUCCACAGAAUGUGUAUGUCUUAGCGCGUCCUGUCGAGUGCAAAACUCGCCGUUCAAGGGCCGGGAAGGUAGACCGAGGGCGAUUUUAACAACUGCACACCAUUUUGUUGAAAAAAGGAUCAUCUAAUGAGUCACGUGUUUGAGUAUAGAGUAAAAUAUUAUUAUAUAGUACAUUAUGGUAAAUCUAUUUCCUUUGACAGGUAUAACAUUAUUUAGAAAUAUUCAUGUAGUGUCAUAAAAGUAUUCUAAUAGGUCAAAAUAUCCACAGACGAAAUAAUGUGUAUCCAGGAAAAAGGUAUGCCGGUAAAAGAAGUUUUGAAAAAGUAAAUAAGAAUAAUCCAAAUUCGGAGAUUUAUCGUUCGUAACACUGAACUGUUAAUAAUUAUGAGUGUGAUUUGAUCCACGGUGACAGGUCAGAUAAUACCCAAUUCGCGUACCUAUACAUUGUGCUCUUAUAUUAUUUUGUCAGCUGCUUGUUCUAGUGUCGCAUUUUCGCAAUUAUAAUUUUCAAAUAUUUAUGUAUUGGUAAUAUUAACCUGAAUCAAUACUAAACAAAUCGAUUGAAUUAUAUUAAAUUGAUAAUACUACGUCUUACGUCUUAGUUUGAAAAUCGAAUGUUCCGCUAAUAUCGACUACACGUCAUAUAACACACUGUAUAUACGAUUAUCUGAAUUUAAUGAGCUUAGAUUAUAUUAUUCCGUUAUUACUAACUUUAUUAGCUAAUAUCGACGUAAAAUCUUUAUGAAUAAAUUAUUUAAGUUUGGAUAUUUUGACUGAAUACCUAUGUAAGAUACUCGGCCAUAUCUAUACAACGUGCAUACUAAAUGUUUAUAUUAAAAAUGUUUAAUGGGUAGGUAUUUAUUAAAAGGUACCUUUUUCCAUUUUUAACUUUUCAAGAGAAAUAAUCAAGUUUUCAUUUUUAGUUUGAGUUUUUUUUUUUUAAUAUUUACUACCUAUUUAUUCUAUUGGAUUUAAUAAAUGAAAUAUAAACUGAAUCGUUGGUACAAAUAUUACAAGUACUAUAUUAUUUUGAUAUUGUAUAUGUUAAAACAUUAGAAUCUAUUAAAAAAGGGUCCUUUGUCACUUAAGGUUUAAAAAAAAUUAAAAGGUUUUUUAUCACAGGGUGAUUCGCUGAACAUGGUUAUUGCUCACCCUUUCAUAUUCUUCAAUAACGCAGUUAUUCAAAAUCUGGUGUCGGGAAUUUUUCAAUAUACCUACUUAAAGGCCAUAUUUUAAAUGACAAGAUUUUUGUACUACGAAAAAUGAAUAUCCCAUAGAGAUACAAACUACUGUCUCUUAAAUGAGAAUUCCCUUUUCUACUGUAAAUUAUUUAGUAGGUAAUAUUUUAAAAAUGAUUACGUAUCAAAAUGUAAAUUUAAAUAGUAUUUUUUUUUUUUUUUUUGAUUGGUAUUUAUUGUAUUAUUUAACUUUGUGUACUAAGAAUAAUAGAACCAUUAUUAUAAUGGGUUUGGAAGAUUUGUGAACUAUACUACCAAUGUGAUGGUAAUAUGGUUUUAGUAAAGGUAUACCAAAUUGAUAUCAAUCCAUCUAUCAACAUUUAUAAUAUUGUAAAAAAUAAAAAUGAUUCAGGUAUAAUAAACACUAGAUUCAAUACCUAUUACAUUUAUUUUAUAUUUUUACAAAACCAUUUCUGAGGACUAUUAUCCUUAAUAUAAAUAUUUAAAUAGCUGAAAAACUACUCCUUAGAAAUUAGGCACACCAACAUUUUCAAAAAAUAAUUUACAGUAAAAAAUGGGGUUCUCAUUUGAAAGACAAGAGUUUUUAUUCCCAUAGGACACUCGUUAUUGUCGUUAAGUAGUACAAAAACCUUAAAAAUUUAGAAAUAUGGUCAUUAAGUAUAUUUUAUAUUUUAGAAUAAACAAAUAUUUUUAAAAUGAUAUUCAUUAUUAAAUGAAAAAUGAGGGUGAGCAUAAUUGGUAAAUCACCCUGUAUGGUUGUAUAUUGUAUAAUAUAUUUAAUAUGGAUAGACUAUAGACUAUUAAGUCUUAAAGUAUUAAAUUUAUAUAGUAAGUAAUGCUAAAGCAUUAGAAAAAAUCAAUUAAAAUUCAACCGAAAUUUAAAUGAUGGGUCCUAAAAUGAAAAUUAAUUAAGAGCAAACCAGAUUUUUGUUUUUCUUGAAAGUUGUUAAAAAUGUACAGAUGUCUUGAUAACAAAAAAAUACCUACCCAUUUAUAUUAUGCAUAUAAGCAGUAAUUGAAAACCUGAAAGCAUAGUCCUCAUUUAACCUAGUCGUAAUGUACAAUAUAACAUAUAAGCGGCGUGUAUGAUAUAAGAUACAACCUAUUACUAUUAAUUAUUAUUAUUAUUAUUAUUGUUGUUGUUGUUAUUAUUAUUAUUAUUUAUAAUUAUGAUACGGAACUUAUGGACACACCUAUUAUCCAUAAUAGGUACGAACGAACGCUAAAAAAAUAUUAAGAUUUCGUAUAGAUACUUCUAGAAUGUAUGCAGUGAUUUCCCAACCUUUUAUGAGCGUGACCCUAACAUUUUAAAUUAAACUUUUCGUGACCCUUAAAAAAUCGUAAUAAUUGUGAACAUAAUUAUCAUUUAUUAGGUAACACUAAAUUAUAAACUGUAAAAUAAUAAAAAUUAAUCAUAAGUAUGAGUAUCAUUAGUUAUUAUUUUUUUUAUUAGUUAUUCAUUCUGGUUAUUUAAAACACUCUUAUCGAUUUUCUUCCUCCAAUUUUCCUAAAUACUAGGAAAAAUGUUUGUUUAUGUACACGAUCGGUUUCCUUCGACGCAGUGUAUUUUUAUCCGGGGUGAAAUGGUGGAAAUAAUGUAUUUCUCACCUCGGCGCUGGUUUUUUUAAAGUUAUAAUAAAUACCAAGGUUAGGUUACUCUGUUUUUUGAAUUUUAAUUAAUCCUUAUUUUCUUGUGAUUAAAACAAACGUAAGGAUAAGUUCCAUACUAGAAUUAUCUACCGCGCAAUGUAAAUACGUAAUUGAGGAACAUCGAUGCCUAUCCAUCACAAUAUAACUUGUUCAGAAAAAAAUAUUUUCUGACAUACCUAUCCUAUUGAAUUGUGUACUUACAAUUUACAUUGAUGUCAUAAUCAUAAACCGAUAUCUAUAUAAAACGGAUUCGUUGUAGGUACAUAAUAUUAAUUUUAUGAAUACCUUCAAUUCAAAUUUCGAGUUUAAAAUUAUAUACUGUUUAGUGUUUACGAUAAUUCCGAUUUUCGGUAAACGUUCUCCGUAUAUAUACUCAUUACAUAGGUACGUCACUGCGUCGACGCGGACUUCGUCGGUCAUUAGUUUUGAACGAAAUGUAGGUACUAUAUACAAUAAAGUGUAGACCAAUUUCUGUAACAGUAGUCACUAGUUUUUCGUAUUUUUGAUCGUAUUACACGUUUCUUCGGUCUUCCGUAUAAUAUACCUAUUUAUAUUAUGAUAACAGUCUGUGUGUUAAUCCCGGAAUCAACUCGUAGGACAUCUAUCGUCGACUUAUCAUACAAUCCGAACUCCGAAUAUCUAAAUAUCUAUUAUAUUGUAUACAGGCACGCUCAGGAUUUUACUAAUUUUCUUACUUUCCUCAUUUUUGUUGGGGGGGGGAGUUCAGCCCUGAAGCCAUUCUGGGUACGGCUAUGAAUGUAUACCUAUGUAUUUGCAUUAGAGUAUACUACGGUAGACACCUAUUGUAAAUUUGCAAACGCCUUUCGUCAUAUUUUCCCAACCUCAGUAAUAUACUUUACAAACACUCCAUCAUUUUACAUAGGUACAUACCUCUUUGCGAUAGUAUACAAUAAUCUCAAAUAAUUAAACUGAAUAAUUCGGUGUAGAGGUACCAGCCAAGCCCAACAUUAUUAAAGGUUAUUAUUACUUAUAACUAUAAUGUAUUAAUAUAUCGUACAGUGCUGCUAUGUUCGUAGUUCGUACCUACAUUAUUCUUAUCCACCCCCUCGUGACGGCCUCGUUGCCUUUGAAUGCUAAUGCACAUCCUUCGUCCGUACCUAUAUUUAUAACAAUGUUAUUAUUUAUGUAAGACGUACAUAAGUGUAUUGUUCGAUGUUCAUUAUAAUAUAUAUUAUUCCCAUUUUGUACAGUACGAUUGAACCAACGAUCUUUAAAUAUAUUUAGUACCUAUCUACGUAUUAUUAUUUGCCUACAUGUGUAUAUUGUGUUUCUAUUACUGUAAGAUAAAUAUAAUUAAAAUUUUUAAAAAUGUA